AAUAUGUGGUUAGAAAUUUUUAUCACAAUUUUAUUAAUUAAAUUAUGGCAAAAAUUUAGACCAAAAAUAUUUGUGACAUCAAAGGGCAAAGCCGUGUUAAUAACUGGUUGUGACACAGGCUUUGGUCACAGACUGGCGCUGCGUCUCAAUGAACACGGGUUUAGAGUAUACGCGACCGUCAUAUCCGAGUCCAGUGCCGGCGCACAGCAGUUGACCUCUAAGGCACAGUUUGCCGAUAAAAUGCAUGUCAUAGGCAUGGAUGUGACCAAACAUGAUCAAGUUCAAAAGGCAUACGAUUACGUAAACUUGCAUUUAAACGAGAAAGGCCAUGGUGAUUACCUGUGGGCUUUAGUCAACAACGCCGGCGUGAUGGCUGAGGGCCCCUUAGAGUGGGGAUCACCCGAACAGUACGAAUUGGUAUUUGACGUAAAUAUGUUUGGACCGAUACGAGUCACUCGUACUUUCCUACCCCUCAUCCGCAAAUCAAAAGGUCGCAUAGUAAACAUGGUGAGCAUAAUGGGCCGAUUCUCAGUCAGCCCAUUCGUCUGGUACUGUAUGACCAAACACGCAAUCAUAGCUUUCUCUGACACAUUACGCCGCGAAAUGCGGUCAUUUGGUGUCCGUGUGGUGACUGUAGAGCCGGCGGGCUUUCGCACCGGUCUGGCCGACGAGUCCAACAGGUUAUCAUCCCUUUGCCGACUUUGGCGCAAAACGGCGCCAGAAAUUCAAAACGAUUAUGGUUUUAAUACCGAAGAUAACUUGCAAAAGAUACUUGAUCAAACGAAUGACAAUUUUAAACCGGGUACUAAUCUGGAUAUUGUGGUCAAUGAUUUGUGCGAUGCCGUACAUAAUGCUGAGCCCCGGGUUAGGUAUACACCCGUCGACGGUAUUGUGGCUAAAAUGCUUGUGGCGAUUAUUAUGCGUAUUCCGUCUGAAUGGCUAGAUCAAAUAUUUUGGUUAACUCAAAAAUCUGCUAAACCA